AUGUUGCCGUGGGACCAGCAGGGCAAGAACGGCCCCAAGAAGCCCCAGCCCGACCACAUCCUCGUUACAGAACCAAAGGAUGAGCCGGUGCCUUCCGAGCCCACCAGCGAUGCUGAGGAAGCAAAAAAGAGUAUUGUUAAAAGACUUAAUAGCCGAGGUGACACGGAAGAAGAGGAAAGGUCAGGAUCACAAACGGAUGAUGAGUUAAAGCCAGAAACCUCCCAACCCCAAUUCACAUUAAAAGAAAAGUUACAGCUGGAAAUUUUUAAGAGUAUGAAAUCCCCAGAUCCUGAAGUACAAGUACAAAAUUAA